UACGUUCCAGUUGAUAGAGAAAUGGUAAUUCAGAAAAAGCGCAAAGAGCUCGAGAUGGCAAUUCAUGAGGCAUUUUUGAGGUUCAUGGCUAACUUGAUGCGAGGAUAUCAGUCGUUUCUAAAGCCUAUAAAAAGUGCUCCAUCUUGUGUAAAUGCAACUGACACCGGCAAUCUUUUCGAUCUUGAUGGCUUUUUGAAGUCCAGAGAUAAGUCUGGUGUUGAAUUUUUCAAGAGAUUCUGCGCAACCCAAUCUUUCAUUCGGUUCAUUGAAGAAAGAAGUUUUGUUUCUGAUAAGAACACCUACAAUGCUUUCUUUGAUGACUGCAUCGCGAAAGUGGAUAGCAGUGAAACCGGGGACGUGUCUCUACUUGAGCUAGACGGAUCUGCACAUCUGAACAAUACAUCAGUAGGAUUGGAUUUUUUCUUGCAGGUAUUCAUCGCUCCACCUGAACCAAUUGUUGAUCCAAAGACAGGCCUUGAGCGAGAAUUCAAAUACGAUCGUUUUCCAAGGAAGUUAGACCCUGCCCUGUUCCAGCUGGACCAUCUAAGCAUGAACCGAGCAGAUCAACAGGCCGUUCCGCUGCAAUAUGAAUAUAAUCGUUGCGCUGCGGUGAGAACCAAGCCUGAAGUGAGAUCAUCGAUGCUUGCUGCGACGAACUCUGUGCGGACAAAUCCCUUGCAUUGGCCAAAGACGCUGCUUUUCUACGCUUACUCUUUAUGGUUUAUGCAGCUUCCCAGUCUCGUUACUAUCGCUCCCAACAAGAAGAAAAUUCUUCUCCUUGCUUUUCAUAUAUUGGAUCGCAUGGAGCACACCGAAGUUUUUCCAUUGGACCAAGUUUGCUAUCGAAUAUUGAUCGAACUUUGCGGGGAAUGUGGCGAGCCCUCGCUGGCAGUAAAGGUCCUUCAGGCAAUGCAUCGCGCUGGUGUUGAGCAGAAUGCUGUAACUUACGGCAUUUAUCACCGUGCUGUAUUGGACGCAAAAUGGCCGACACCUGCGAGGCAAAGAGCAAUCGAAGCUUGGGCACAACUCAGGUAG